GUGUUUCAACGCAAAGCGCAAGCGUUGGAGGAGAGGAAAGGAGAAAAAGUGAGACUGCCAACCGACCGAAAAACGCGGCGUAACUUGUCGGUGGGAGCAUGGCCGACUUGGAUGCCUUCGAACAGUCACCGCCGUCAACGCCACAGCAGGAGCCGCAGCUGCCGCCGCCGCCACCGCCACCGCGAGACAUCAACCCUUUCGGGCAGCCGGCAACUCCAGAGUCGAAGGAGGGCAACGAGGUUGAUUUGAACGCCUCGCUCGAACCCCCUAGGCCUUCGACUCCUCCUCCUCCGCCUCCGAUCCCUGCGAGAGAAGCGGCGGGAUCGGAGCACAGCGAAGCAUCGGCUGCCGCGCCCGUUCUCUCUCCUCGUCCGCCCAGUUCUCCGCCCCCUCCUCUGCCUGGCGGUGGUGGUGGACCGGGGGUUGGUGCACUCGGGUCAGCGGCGGUGGCAGCGGCGACAGCAGCUGUGCUCGCUAGCGGGACCACGCGGAAGAGAAAAGCUCUGGAUGAAACGCGAACUUUCGAACAGAGGAGACACAGCCACUUCGGCGAGAAGUACGACGGGGAUAGCCUGUACUGGAAGUGCUUCGUGGAACUGAUCCGGCGAAGCCAGGCCAACAAUCGCCGCGCCAUCAGCUACGCCACGCAAAAGCUCUCGGCCACGCACGCGUACGCGAAAUCCCUCUACGCGAUCAGGGAUCGAGUGGACAGCUUGGAACCGGGCACAACCGAGGCGCUCCGAGAAAAGGAGAGGAGAAAAAACAACCACAAGAAAUGGCCACCGCAGCAGUUGCCGCUGCCGCCCCAACAACGGCGCGGGAGCGGAACGGAUGCGGGGGGACUGCCACCUCAGCCGGCGAGCGCGUUAGACUGUCUCUUCGAGAUGGAGGAGUGGACGGCGAUGCGAACGAUCGACAUGUGCCAAGAGGCGCACGUUACGGUGAUCGACAACCAGCUGAACGCGAUGGUCAAGAAGCUGGACGAACGCUUCGCCGAGAUGGUGGGCCAGGGCACGGCGUGCCUUCGCCUGAUGCACUCGGCAGAGAUGAACUCCGUCAAGGCCUACGGGCGUUACCAAGAGAUUGUGACGGCGAGUCUCGAAAGAGAAGCGUCUCCUGCACGCGCGACCGCACCGCUGACUUUGAGGGACGUUGCGGGAUCGGAUAUCUGGCUGGCGGACAUGAACUACCGUGUGGCGGUGACCCAGCAGGCGAGGGUGUGGAAAGGGGUUAGCGCGAAGCUCGGCGACCUGUUCGGGAAGAUGAAGGACAUCGAAGUGGAGAGGAGAAAGGCCAUCCAAGGUGGCCUAACGGCAAUGGUGCAGCUUCAAGACGCCCUCUGGCGGGAUCUUCCCGCCUUGAAGGACCCCGUCCUGCACACGUUGGACCGGAUCAACGUGGACAGACAUCUGCUCGACCAGGAGGUGCGCCAGCAAAUGCGCGUGGGGGCGGCGAGACUUCUUGCCGGCAGGCAAGAGAACGGCGCCAGCGCCGGCGCCGGUGGCGGGGGCCCCAACGAAGGAGCCAGCGGGGGCGCUCCGGCCGGGGCGACGGCGGCGGAUGCGGCGGCGACCGCGAGCGGCGGCGGCGGUUCGGUGGAACGGUCGGAGACAAUUCCUCCUGACUUCUUGGCGGGCCUCGAGUCCCCCUUGGCCAGCUCCCUCAUCGUAUGA